GAGUCGUGAUCGGCGCGCGCGCUGGUCGGAUCAAUUAUCMUCGUCGCGUAUCUAAUUUUUUCCCCUACCAACCCACCGCCACCGCAUUCAUCGUCACUACUUCACUAGUCAGUUCAGCAGUUCAGCUCUUCGCACCGAACGUCCGCUCUCGUCCGCGCACGCCGUCUGCUGUGUGUUUCGGAUACAUUCACUUUUAGCGCCGCCGACGCAUACUCGAAGACAAAUCGACACGUCGGUCGACUUUCGACGCGUUUYCUCGGGUCAUGCGAACGGCGUUCAAGGAGACUAGGAAAAAAAAUGACCGAUUCCAACCAACAAUAUGUCAGUGAACACUACGUUUCGGCCAAGUACCGCAGCUUCCGCCAUGCYUCCACUUGGUAAACGCGAAAUGGAACAAUAGUCGUUUUAUGACUUGCUGUUACCGACCUGCAGUGGACACCGAUCGUCAGCUAACCCCUAGCCACUACUCAACAGCUAAAACCAAAACUGCAGUAGAAUGGCAUCUAUUAAUAAUACAGAAACAACAAUGGAUACUAUAGAAGUUAUCACACAACGGGCUAUUACACAAUCAAAUCCAAUAUUUUUACAAACUACAGCUUGCCAAGUGAUUGCUGGGCUAUUUGUUUGGACAGCAGUAUUUGUUACAUGCCAACAGAUAUAUUAUCACCUACGAUGGAACACGAAUCCAGCGGAGCAGCGAUGGAUUAUCCGAAUAUUGUUUAUUGUACCUAUUUACGCGCUACACUCGUGGGUUAGUUUGUUGUUCUUCAACAACGAACACUAUUACGUCUACUUCUUUACAAUUAGAGAUUGCUACGAAGCUUUCGUGAUAUACAAUUUCAUGAGUUUAUGCUACGAAUAUUUGGGCGGUGAAGGGAAUAUAAUGAGUGAAAUUCGUGGGAAACCUAUUCAGUCUAGCUGGCAAUAUGGAACUUGUUGUUUGACAGGACGUACUUACACAAUUGGGUUCCUACGUUUUUGCAAGCAAGCAACACUACAGUUUUGUUUGGUAAAACCUUCAAUGGCUUUUGUCAUUAUAUUUCUGCAAUAUGUUGGGCAUUAUCAUGAUGGCGAUUGGAGUAUGAAUGGUGGAUACUUGUAUGUCACAGCCAUUUACAAUAUGUCUGUCAGCUUAGCACUUUAUGGAUUGUUCUUGUUUUACUUUGCUACUCGAGAUCUCCUAAUACCCUUUGAACCAGUCUUAAAAUUUUGUACCAUUAAGAGUGUGAUUUUCCUGUCAUUCUGGCAAGGUGUAUUACUGGCAGUCUUGGAAAAAGCUAAAUUUAUAGAUCCUGUCAUAGAUUCCAGUGGCCAACCCACUAGUGCUGGUACAGUAUCAGCUGGCUAUCAAAACUUUUUAAUUUGCAUUGAGAUGCUGUUUGCUGCAUUGGCUCUAAGAGCUGCAUUCCCAUAUGAGAUAUAUGCUAAUAAUGCACAAACAGGAACAGGAAAUCCAUCUAAUUCGCGUACCGUUACAAUGCAAAGUAUUUCUAGUAGUUUAAAGGAAACAAUGAAUCCAAAAGAUAUAAUGACGGAUGCCAUACAUAAUUUUCAUCCACAGUAUCAACAAUAUACACAGUAUAGUUCAGGUGGCCAAAAAAACUACGGAUCAAAAAGUGGAAUCACCGAUACCAGUGGAAAAUCAAAGUCUGCUAAGAAACAAACACCAGUGUACAAUGAAAAAGCGAUGUUGCUUAGCUCCGAUGAUGAAUUACCAUAA